UGGAGUCUCUCCCAUCUGACCAACGUGCGCAUAGCAAAGCGGGAGAAAAUGAAAGCUCUUGAAUUAUUAACAACUCUUCAUGAAUUGCCUUCAGAGGGUGCUGCGUGUGAGACGAGAGGAUUUCCCUCAGAUUUAUCCGGCGCAUUGAAUCAAUUAAGACAUGCUUUUAGUUGCGCAUCGUUAAUUGGGAUCCAGUGAUCUUCAUAAUGAAACAUUUUAGAUCCAUCUGCUAAUUUUUAUUUUAUUGCAAAAAGUUAAUAUGGCUUUAGUGGUGUAUCUGAAGACCGUCACUGAGCUUCGUGGGAAAGGGGACCGAAUCGCCAAAGUCACUUUCAGAGGUCUCUCCUUUUUCUCACGGGUGCUGGAAAAUUGCGAGGAUGAAGCUCGGUUUGAGCAGGCGUUUCGGUGGCCAAUUGGGAGUCAAGUUGACGGUGAUGAGUUGCUGGAGAUCCAAGUGUUUAAUUACAGCAAAGUCUUCACUAACAGAUUGAUCGGCACCUUUUGCAUGGUCCUGCAGAAGGUUGUAGAGGAGGGUCACCUGGAGGUGUCUGACACUCUUAUAGACGACAACAACACAGCCAUACAGACAACUAUUUUCAUAGAGAUCAAAUAUCAGACCAUGGAUGGAAGUGUGAAGGUGUGGAAUGAUGGGGAAUUCCUUGAUGUUCCAGAUGACCCGGAUGGAACCUUUCAGUUUGAGACAGACAGUCUGCUUUCUGGACGUAGCCAGAGCUCAGGAACGUCACCUGGCAGAUCGAUCCAUGGGAUUCCUACAUUUCGCAAAGCAGGGAAAGGUGUGUUUUCAGCCAUGAAAUUGGGCAGAACACGCGCCAAUAAAGAUGACCACAGAAAAGGAGAAGAUCCAGCCAUUUUGGAUGCUGAAGAUCUGGAUGGAAAGGCCAUGCGUAUGGCUUGUGGGCUGGACCCUGAUGCCAUCUCAUUGGCCUCUGUUACUGCCGUAACUACUAAUGUCUCCAACAAAAGAUCAAAGCCUGACAUCAAGAUGGAGGCCAGCUCAGGACGUCCAGUGGAUUAUCAGAUCAGUGUUACAGUUAUUGAGGCCCGUCAGCUGAUUGGUCUGAACAUGGACCCUGUGGUGUGUGUGGAAAUCGGAGAGGAUAAGAAGUACACUUCCAUGAAAGAGUCCACAAACUGCCCUUACUACAAUGAGUACUUUGUCUUUGACUUCCACGUGCCUCCAGAUGUCAUGUUUGACAAAAUACUAAAGAUCUCAGUUAUACAUUCUAAGAACCUUCUAAGAAGUGGCACCCUGGUGGGCACCUUCAAACUGGAUGUGGGGACUGUGUAUGCACAACCUGAGCAUCAGUUUCAUCACAAAUGGGCAAUGCUGUCUGACCCCGAUGACAUCACAGCUGGGUGCAAAGGUUAUGUUAAGUGCGACAUUGCCGUUGUAGGAAAAGGAGACAACAUCAAGACUCCUCACAAGGCCAAUGAAUCAGAAGAAGAUGAUAUAGAGGGGAAUCUUCUGCUCCCAGAGGGCGUUCCAUCUGAGAGACAGUGGGCUCGGUUUUAUAUUAAGAUUUACAGAGCCGAGGGGCUGCCUAAAAUGAAUACCAGCAUCAUGGCCAAUGUGAAGAAAGCUUUUAUUGGAGAAAAUAGGGAUCUUGUGGACCCAUAUGUCCUGGUUCAAUUUGCAGGGCAGAAGGGUAAAACCUCAGUUCAGAAGAGCAGCUAUGAGCCCAUCUGGAAUGAGCAAAUAGCCUUUACCGAAAUGUUCCCACCUUUGUGUAGGCGAUUGAAAGUUCAGAUCCGUGAUUCAGACAAGGUGAAUGACGUUGCCAUAGGAACCCAUUUCAUUGAUCUCCGCAAGAUUGCAAAUGAUGGAGACAAAGGGUUUUUGCCCACUAUGGGGCCAGCCUGGGUGAACAUGUACGGUUCUACCCGAAACUACACUCUGAUGGAUGAGCACCAGGACUUGAAUGAGGGACUAGGGGAGGGUGUGUCCUUCAGGGCACGGCUUCUCAUGAGCAUUGCGGUGGAGAUCCUGGACACAACAUCUCCUGAGAUUAUGAGCUCUACAGAGGUACAAGUGGAGCCAGUGUCCAACAUCUCAGAGAGCGCAACAGGAAAAAUGGAGGAGUUUUUCCUUUUCGGAUCAUUUUUGGAGGCCACAAUGAUAGACAGGAAAAUUGGAGACAAACCAAUCAGCUUUGAAGUCACUAUUGGUAACUAUGGUAACCAGAUCGAUGGUGUGAGCAAACCUACAUCGGUGAAGAAGAAGAAAGACGGUGGAGGGGAUAAUGAAGAAGAGGAGUCUGAGCUCAUUCACAACUCUAGUGAUGAAGAUGCAGAGGACGAUGGAGAUCUGACGUCUGUGCCGUCCACACCUCCAAUGAAACCAGUGAUCACUGACAGAAAUUAUUUCCACUUGCCGUACUUUGAGAAGAAACCUUGCAUUUACAUCAAGAGCUGGUGGCAAGAUCAGAGGAGACGGCUUUACAACUCCAACAUCAUGGACAAGAUUGCAGAUAAACUGGAGGAGGGGCUUAAUGAUGUUCAAGAAAUCAUAAAAACCGAAAAGGCGUUUCCAGAACGCAGACUUAGGGGUGUGUUAGAAGAACUUAGCACGAACUGCAACCGAUUUGUUACACUAGCAAACAAAGAUCAGAAUCAAGCAGGAAGAACCAAACUGGAUCGAGAGAGGCUGAAGUCUUACAUGAGGGAAAUGGAGAAUAUGGGUCAGCAGGCAAAGACUAUUCGCACACAAGUAAAGAAAAACACUGUGCGAGACAAACUCAAGCUAGUCCUUAACUUUCUUCAUAGACUUCGCUUCCUAGCAGAUGAGCCCCAGCAUAGCAUUCCCGAUGUGUUCAUAUGGAUGAUUAGCAACAACAAACGAAUAGCAUAUGCCCGCAUCCCCUCCAAAGACAUUCUCUACUCUAUUGUUGAUGAAGAGAUGGGCAAAGACUGUGGAAAAGUUAAAGCCGUUUUCCUUAGGUUGCCAGGAAAAAAAGGCUUUGGGCCUGCUGGCUGGACGGUUCAGGCUAAACUGGAGGUGUAUUUGUGGCUGGGGUUGAACAAACAGAAGAAAGACUUUCUGAGCGGCCUGCCCAGCGGCUUCGAAGAAAACAGAGCGUCAAAGGGAAUUGGCAUACAAGCUGUGCCUCCCAUCAGCUUAGUGUAUAACAUGAAGCAGGUGUUUCAGUUAAGAGCGCACAUGUAUCAGGCUCGCAGCCUGUUUGCGGCAGACAGCAGCGGUCUGUCUGAUCCAUUCGCCAGAGUUUUCUUCUCCACCCACAGCCAGGUGACAGAGGUUUUGAGUGAGACUCUUUGUCCCACAUGGGAUCAGUUGCUUGUAUUUGAUAAUGUUGAACUCUAUGGUGAAGCCACUGAGCUCCGUGAUGACCCUCCAAUUAUUGUCAUCGAACUGUAUGACCAGGACACUGUGGGGAAAGCUGAAUUCAUUGGGCGAACAUUUGCCAAGCCACUUACUAAGAUGGUUGAUGAACACUAUGGACCUCCACGGUUUCCCCCUCAGCUGGAGUACUAUCAGAUCUACAGAGGCAACUGUGCUGCCGGAGAUCUGCUGGCUGCUUUUGAACUACUUCAGAUUCCUUAUAAUGAAGAGGAGAUCAGGAGGGCUCUUAUUGCUGUCCAUGACUUUGCUGUGCCUCAAAUCAAGAUCGGUCCAGCAGGGUGUGCAGCACUUCCUCCAAUUGAUGGCCCCACUGAUUCUGAUCGUGGUCCGAUUCUGCCCGUUCCAUUGGGCAUACGACCGGUUCUUAGCCGAUAUCGCAUAGAGGUCCUGUUCUGGGGUCUGAGGGACCUUAAAAGAGUUAACCUCUCCCAGGUGGACAGACCUCGAGUGGAUAUCGAGUGUGCAGGGAAAGGAGUCCAAUCCGCUCUCAUUCAGAACUACAAGAAAAAUCCAAACUUCAGCACAUUGGUGAAAUGGUUUGAAGUGGAUCUACCAGAAAAUGAGCUGCUGCACCCACCGCUGAAUAUUCGUGUGGUGGACUGCAGGGCAUUCGGACGAUACACAUUAGUGGGGUCUCAUGCCGUGACCAGUCUGCGCAAGUUUAUCUACAGCCCGCCAGACAAGACUACUAAUAACUGGGCUCACACAGCUAGACUGGCAAAUGGCCACAUGACUCUCACCAAUGGGACGUGUCAUUCCCGCCCCCACUCCCACCCCAUUUCUCAUCCCGCAGGUGACAUUGUAGUCAAUAUGGACCCUGAACACAACUUUAAGAAGAUGGACACAGUUGUGAAGCUUGAUGCUACCUCUGAUGCUGUUGUUAAAGUUGACUUGAAUGAGGAUGAGAAAGACAAAGGAAAAAAGAAGAAGAAGAAAAAGAAGGGAGAUGAAGCAGAGGAAGAGGAACCUGAUGAGAGCAUGCUGGACUGGUGGUCCAAAUACUUUGCCUCAAUAGAGACCAUGAUGGAGAACCUCAGAGCGCAAGAAGCAGCUCUGGCUGAGGCAGAAGAAAAGGAAGAUCUUGAGAUAGCAGCAGAAAGUGCAGAGAUCAAAGCUGAUGAAUUCUCCAUAAAAGGCACCAAACCCAAAGAGAAGAGCAAAGACAAGAAGAGCUCCAAGGACAAAAAGAAGAACCAUGAUGGGGCAGAGAAACGACCCCCAAAGCCUAAAGUUGAUGAACUCGUGGUGUAUAAUAAAGAGCUCGAAAGUGAAUUUGAUCACUUCGAAGACUGGCUUCACACCUUCAACCUCUGUAGAGGGAAAGCUGGAGAUGACGAUGACCACAACGUGAUCGAUGAUGACAGAAUUGUGGGCCGAUUCAAGGGCUCCCUGUGUAUGUAUAAGCUGCCACUGUUUGCAGAGAUCACAAGAGAGGCAGGAUUUGACCCUAACAUGGGCAUGUUUCAAAGCAUUCCUCACAAUGACCCAAUCAAUGUUCUCAUUAGGAUUUAUAUCAUUCGAGCCACAGAUUUGCAUCCUGCAGAUAUAAAUGGUAAAGCGGAUCCGUACAUAGUCAUUCGACUGGGAAAAACUGAACUUAAGGACAAAGAAAAUUACAUAUCUAAGCAGCUCAAUCCUGUCUUUGGCAAGUCAUUUGAUAUAGAGGCCACAUUUCCCAUGGAGUCUAUGCUGACAGUGGCAGUAUAUGACUGGGAUUUGGUUGGAACAGAUGACCUGAUUGGGGAGACUAAGAUUGAUUUGGAAAACAGAUACUAUAGUAAACACAGAGCUACCUGCGGCAUAGCGUCUCACUACUCUGUCCAUGGUUACAAUGUGUGGCGGGACCCUCAGAAGCCAACUCAGAUUCUUGCUAAGCUGUGUAAAGAAGGCAAAUUGGAUGCACCCCAGUAUGGACCUGGCGGCAAGGUCAAAGUCGCAAACCGUGUCUUUUUUGGGCCAACUGAAAUUGAGGACGAGAGUGGUCUUAAGAAGCAGACAGACGAACACUUGGCUCUUACUGUUCUUCGGCACUGGGAGGAGAUCCCACGUGUUGGUUGCAAACUCAUCCCUGAGCAUGUGGAGACGAGGCCACUCCUCAACCCAGAUAAGCCAGGCAUUGAGCAGGGAAGAAUUGAAAUGUGGGUGGACAUGUUUCCCAUGGAUGUACCAGCACCGGGACCAGCCAUUGAAAUAUCACCACGCAAACCAAAGAGAUAUGAGCUCAGGGUGAUAAUAUGGAAUACAGACGAGGUUAUUCUGGAAGAUGAUGAUUACUUCACAGGGGAAAAGUCCAGUGACAUAUUUGUAAGGGGCUUUGAGCUUCGCGUUAUUAUUUGGAACACUGAUGACGUUAUUCUAGAGGACGAUGCUUUCAUGACAGGAGAGAAGAUGUCUGACAUCUAUGUCAGGGGCUGGCUAAAGGGACAACAGGAGGACAAACAGGACACAGACGUACAUUAUCACUCUUUGACAGGAGAGGGAAACUUCAACUGGCGCUUUCUCUUUCCCUUUGACUAUCUCAUGGCCGAGGAGAAGAUAGUCAUCUCCAAGAAGGAAUCCAUGUUUUCCUGGGACGAGACAGAGUACAAGAUUCCUGCUCGACUCACCCUUCAAGUAUGGGAUGCUGACCACUUUUCUGCAGAUGACUUCCUGGGAGCAAUUGAGUUGGACUUGAAUAAAUUUCCCCGUGGGGCAAAAACAGCAAAGCAAUGCACUCUUGACAUGGUUGUUAAAGAGCAAGAGCUCCCAACCAUCUCCAUCUUCAAGCAGAAGAGAGUGAAGGGCUGGUGGCCCUUCGUGGCCCGAGAUGAGAAUGAUGAAUUUGAGCUCACUGGAAAAGUGGAGGCGGAGCUCCAUCUACUGACAGCAGAGGAAGCAGAGAAAAGUCCGGUCGGUCUUGGGCGGAACGAUCCUGAACCACUUGAGAAACCCAACCGCCCUGACACCACCUUCCUGUGGUUUCUGAGUCCGCUGAAGGCCAUUCGUUACUUGAUAUGCAACCGCUACAAGUGGCUCAUCAUCAAGAUCGUCUUGGCUCUGCUGCUACUGAUCAUGGUCGGCCUGUUUCUCUACAGCAUGCCAGGCUAUCUGGUCAAGAAGCUGCUGGGAGCUUAAAGGGGUCAAGGGGGUAGAAGGUCCUCCUAAAGUUGCUCACUUGUAAUAUUUGUUUUCUCUUCUAACAAUUUAUACUGUUUGCAUUUUUAAUCAACCUCCACUUUUUCUCAUCAUCACAGAUGCUCGGUAAACAUAAUGGGGCGGUUUCCCAGACAGAGCUUAAGCCUAGUCCCAGACUCUAACUUUAAUCUUAGUGUUAUCAGUGCAAGUGUUGUGUCUCAAGAUGCACACCAGUAGUGUUUAUUUAUAAAUUAUGCUUCUAAAAUGACUUAAAUAUCCUAAUUUAACUAAGGCCUAUUCCUGUCUUCAACUAAUCUGUGUCUGGGAAACCACCCUGAUAUCUUUUUAUUAAUUCUUUUUCAAUAUCAAUUUGCAUGUCCUACCCAGGUAGGAUCAGUUAUCUUUCUGUCAUAUAGGGAAAAGAAAAGUGACAAUGGAGUGUCUAUUUUUGGUACGAUAUUACUAGACUGUCAAUUACAGUAUUUAUUUUAAAAUGCAUUUCUUCAGAUUAUUGGAUUUUAUUUUCAUUCUCUAGACUUGUCAAGCACAAUAAGCAUGUCUUUAAAUACUACUUGUUCAUCAGUUACAGUUUGAAAAAUACUAUAAUAAGAUUGCAAGCCUCAUAUAUACAGUAUAUAAAUGUAAUUUAAUUUCAAAAUGCCUUCAUGUUUGCACUGUCAGUUUAUCACAAUAAUCUUCUUAACCGGUAAGAUUAAUGGUUACUUUGUAGUGGUUGCCAACCUGUUACUGGUAGACUCCCAACAGUAUACAUUUUACAUGUCUGCAUUUCUGACACACCCACACUCCUGAAAAUAAAGGUGCUUCACGGUGCCAUAGAAGAACCAUUUUUGGCUGAAUGGUUCCAUAAAGAACCUUUAACAUCUAAAGCACCUUUCUGUUUCUAGUUAGAAAAAGUUCUAUAAAUAAUUAAAAUGUACUGGUUCUUUAAGGGACCACAUAUGGUUUUUCUAGGCACAGCUGUGAUGAACCUUUAAGCACCUUUAUUUUUAAGAAUGCAUUGCAGGACUUUGUAAGUACCAAUGUCAACAAACUACUGUACUAGGGUGAGGAGUUAAAAUAGGUUUGAUUGAUUAGGGACAACGAUUUGUGAUUUUGGGGUCCUCCAAUAACUGGUUUAGGAACCACUGCUUCAGAGAAUCAUGCAGAUAUAAUUAAGGAAAAUAAUGUUUCUUUUGUCGUUUAGGGAUUUAGUAGUACAUCUGGAUUUUUGUUUUCUAUAUUUCCUACUGUUACACUCUAAAAAUGGCUGGGUUAUUUUUGACCCAUAAUGGGUAAAUACUGGACAGAACACAUGCUGGGUUAAAAAUUACCCCGUGCUGGGUUAAAAAUGACCCAAUGUUGGGUUGUUGUUAUGCAACCAUGGGGUAUAAUAACCCAGCAUUGGGUCAAUUUUUAACCCAGCACGUGUUCUGUCCAAUAUUUACCCAUUAUGGGUCAAAAAUAACCCAGACAUUUUUAGAGUGUAGUUUAUUUUGCUUGUCGUGUACAUUUACUUAUUUUAUGUUUGCUUGAUAUUUAUUGUUGUUUUAUUUAUUAAUAUUAAAUUUGACAAUGGACUUGUUUGCACUGAUUUUGGCCUGUUUAUAUAAAAAAGGGUGUAUUUUUCAUUCUUGUAUGUGUGCAAUAUUGAUUUAUUUAUAUUUAGUAUGAAGACAAUAAAAUGAACUUGAAAUAAAAA